UUUAAGCUCCAUACAAACGAGUACAAAGCCUGUACAAACGAUAGAAUUAGAUCAUUUUGCGAAAAGCAGUCAUCUGUCAGUUAUCUAGUUACGAAUACAAUAGAGAGUGAAGAGGGUAGAUCAGAAUUGGAUCGAAAGGAUUGAGGUUAGGAUGUGAACUACUCCCCCCAGUUAAAGUGUAAUUUUGCCACGGUGGCCUAAGUGUCAUCAAUAAAUACAUCAACAGACCAUUCUCGACAAUUUUUUAUGAUCUGAUUAUUCAAAGCCUCUGUCAAAACAAUUGAGUAUUGUUGGUGCCCUUACCCCCAGAUGAAGAGGAAGAAAGGAAUGACUCGAGUUGCAUUAUUUUUAUAACUACAUAUAUUCCGUAGUUAUAGUACUGAAUUACACGUCACAGGUACGUGGAUUGAAUAGUGGUGAUCAUACACCUGCGAUAACAGCUUUGCGGGUGGAACAUGUGAAGUGGAGGAUGAUUAUGGCUAUUGAUGACACUAAAAUGUUAUAGCGAGUAUCUCAUCGCCACAGUCCAUCCGAUACAGAGAUGACAUUCUGGAGUGGAAGGCCCGGAUGGCUGGGCAAGUUGGGACUGUUCCUGUUGUUGGCCUGGCUGAUAGUCCUCAUCUUGUCGGUUUUCCACGUGAUGAGAAGUACUCCACCAUCCCACGACAUCAUGUCCCAGAUGGAAAAAGAGAAUACGCAGAAGUUGAACGAAAUGAUCGAGGAAUUUGGCAUUUUGAAAAAGCAGAACGAAGCUCUUGCCAAUUUGCUUCUGUCUGAUAAUUCCAGGGCAGCUAGGGGGGACCACUUGGUCGCCAUCAGAGACAAAUUAGACAUACAGAGGAUCGCUGAGGUCAGUGGACCCUCGUUCGAGUACGAAGAGGUCAGGAGAAAAAUCAAAAAUAAUAUUCAGGAAUUUUGGUACUACGUUACGUCGGAAUUGAAGAAAGUUAAGAAAUUGGCUGAUGAUUUUUCCAUGGACAAACGGAGUAAGGAUGUUGAUGAUUCUAUCAAGGACAUCUGGGAGCACAAGCGAGAGCUGAUGCUGGAGCUUGAUACGCUGGAGAGAGUCGAUGGCCACAGUAAUUGGAGAGUGAAGGAGGCUAAAGACUUGUCUGAUUUGGUUCAGAGGAGAUUCUCACAUUUGCAGAAUCCAUCAGACUGUAGUAAAGCCAAAAAGUUGACCUGCAGUCUCAAUAAGGGCUGUGGCUUUGGUUGCCAAAUACACCACAUAACCUAUUGCUUCCUCGUCGCCUACGGAACGGAGCGAACAUUAAUUCUAAAAUCAAAAGGUUGGCGUUACCAUAAAGACGGUUGGGAGAGUGUCUUCAAGCCCUUGAGCAAUACGUGCCUGUCAACAGCCGGCGAUUCUCACAGUAACUGGCCAGGGGACAGUACGAAGCAGGUGGUGGCUCUCCCAAUAGUGGACAACGUCUACCCAAAGCCUAAGUACCAGCCUCCCAGUAUCCCAGCCGACCUGGCCCCUCGGAUUCAAAAGCUCCACGGUCACCCCAUCGUCUGGUGGGUGGGGCAGGUCCUCAAGUUCCUGAUGAGACCUCAGGACAAUAUCAAGAAGGUCAUGGAUUACUCCAAGGAGAAACUCGGCUUCGAACGGCCCAUUGUGGGAAUUCAUGUGAGACGAACCGAUAAAGUGGGAACUGAGGCUGCUUAUCAUGACAUCGACGAGUAUAUGGUCAAAGUGGAUCACUACUUCAAUCAGCUAGAGACUGAACCCCCUGUCAGGAGGGUUUUUAUCGCAAGUGAUGAUCCCAAGGUGAUAACAAAUGCCAGAAAAAGGUAUCCCAGGUACGAUGUAAUCGGUGAUCCAGCUGUUGCAGAGACUGCCUCUGUCUCCAAACGAUACUCAGACUCGUCUCUCCAAGGAAUUAUCGUUGACAUUCAUCUUCUGUCACUCUGCGAUCAUCUCGUUUGCACCUUCAGCUCACAAGUCUGCAGAGUUGCUUAUGAGCUCAUGCAAACUUAUCAUGUCGAUGCACAUGAUAAAUUCACGUCUUUGGACGAUGUUUAUUACUACGGGGGACAAAACCCUAAUCCUGGAGUUGCUAUCCUCGAUCAUAUACCCAGGAGACCCGGCGAGAUACAGUUGAGAGUUGGGGACAAGAUCGAGGUUUAUGGGAAUCACUGGGAUGGCUACUCCAAGGGAAGGAAUAUGAGAACCAGUGUCACUGGACUAUUUCCCAGUUUUAAGGUGAAAAAUCCAGUUGCUGUUGUUGAGUUUCCAAAGUAUCCAGAUGUACCUAUAUAUAAUUCUGGGAAUUGAGGGGGGUAUUUAUUGGGUUUGUCAAUUUUUUGACUUCGAUUUUAUGCUUUUGACACCAGUGAAGGUUUUAUGGAGUUGUUAGGGGUUGUUCAAGCAUUUGGAUAUCAAUCAAUUAUCUAAGGUCUGGUGAAUUUGAUGGUAUCAAAUUCAACCAAAACUCAUUUCAUCUCAUUUUCAUUUUCACAUAAUUUCCAUAUACCUCACUAUUUUCCCCACUUUUUAUUUAUUGACUAAUGAUUAUCCAUGAGGAUGCCUCAUGCGUUGAGAUUAGCACACAAAACUGGGAAUGACUUUUUGUGAUUUCUAUCAGACGCACGCUUACCCUGAUACUUGAACAGUUGUCCCAGGAGAUAAAUUAUUUUCUUUACCUCCAAUGUACGAAGAGUAUGGGGGUAUAUCUACUCUAUACCUGAUCAGAUAGAAAUGAAGACAAAAUAAUGUAAUAUAUUUUAUACUGAGAAGAAGGGAGUGUUUGAAGUAAAAAAAGCGUCGACUUGUGACGCUAUAUUGUACAUUGUAACUAGAUUUUUCAUAAAUAAAUAUGGGAAGAUUCGA